AUGCGGAGCCGAAUACAGUGUACAUUUCAUCCAAUACCAAUGACUCUAUGUACACCCACCAUUUCUAAUUAUCAGCCCUCUGACCAAUAAAUUAUAGGACAUACUCAGUGCAUCCACGACCCUACUUGUUAACUUUUCUGCUGCGCUGAGUGCGUACGCCAGUACGCAUCAUGGAAUCCGCGAUACCAUGAAGUCUGUACGGACGCGCGAGGAAGCACUUGAUGAUGUACGUCGACGACGACGGCGCGUUGGAGCCUCUGCAGACAGUGCAGAGAAGAAGCUCAACAAGAUGAGCCCUGAACACAAGAAUCUCCCAGCACAGACUGAUGCACUUAAUCGAUUGCGUGACGAGAUGCGCGCAAUGGACGGCGAGAUUUUUCGCGAGGAGGCUGAGUUGGGCGAUUUUAAGAGACGAUGUGCGAAAAGCUGGAUGCAGGCCAAGUUCGGAGGUCUUGCAGAGUGCUGUGAGAAGGGUGUGAUCGUUGCUAACAUAGGCAAAGCCAUCAUUGCAGAAAUUCCCGAAGACGUGACGCAACCAGGACUUCCUCGAGCGUAUUAUAGCGCUCAACCACGUGUCAGUGCCCUUGUCUCUGAGGCACAGCGCGGUGUUGCGCAAGUAGCCUUUACGACUGCCCCAUCUGCCCGCGUUGGCCAAGGAGAGUAUGAGCAAACAUCAUCCACCCAGACCUCGCCAAAGAUGCAAGCACAACAGUCCUUGUUGUCGGGUUCUCCCUAUUUACCUGCUCCGCGGGUAGGUAGCGGGCUCAACAUGGGCGGCUUUGGGGACGAAUCCUUGUCUCCUCCGAACCAAAACCAGCGCACAGAAUCUGCGGACGAACUGGGCGUCUCCACACCGACCUCAACACACAUAAACCACUUUGCCUCUGUCCCUGCGAGGGGCUCAAGCUUAGGCGUUUUGUUACACGACGGAGCGACUCCCUCGACCCCUCCUCUCUCGUUCUCGCGGCAACCAGAUGCGGCGCCCUCUAGUCCCUCAGCCCUUCCCAUGCACGAUAUAUCGAGCUCUUUGACCAAUUCCAUCGCCGAUGCCCUAGCUCGCAGUGAUUCCAACUCGUUCAGCCCGAAUCGGCCCUCGGUCGAUGAUCCCGCCCCACAGUACGAGCCGUUCGUUCCUGGCUCAGGUGCUCCAUACACUGGCGUUGGAGACACGCGUAGAAGCAAGAGUCCAAGUUUACCGCCAGGAGCGGCUCCUGCUGCAAUUCAGGCAUGGGACGGCGGUUUGGGCGCUGGAAUUGAGGAACAGCGUGCUAUGAGUGAAAACAACGACCACGCGACCAGUAUUACGAGUGUUAGUGGAAACGAACGGACAAUGAGCAUCACUGGGCUGAGCGACAGGCGGACAUCACAGGAGUCGGUGGGUGGCAUGCCAUAUGACCGCGAUGAGGACGCCGAAGAUUCUCAACAAAGUGAAAUUGCGCUGCAAAGGGGAGACCGACGAUUGAAGGUCGGAACUGAGGAGGAUGAAGCGGAUGGAGAAAGUAGCAGACCUUCGCCUGGGAGGACAGAAAGUCGGAAACGUAUCCCGCGUGUGCCUCCGCCCCCCGUAGACACUGAGCUACCAACACCGCCAGAGCGUACCAGGAUCGCAUCUCCGCUUUUACAGCAGCCUACUUCAGAAGAUGACGGAGACGAUGAGCAUGCACGCAAUGCAGCAGCUGCGCGCGAGGUCUCUCGUGAACUAGAUGCACUAUCAUUUAGCGCGCCUGCACCAGUGACGCUCACCCACCUCAAUCACAUCAACAACUACAAGUCCACGCUCCUCAACAAGUGCCUAAUCAAGUCUCUCGGCCGCCUUCGCCCCUUGCACCACCUAAUGCACCAUUCGCUCACCGUUCUGUUUCGCCUCAUACCCAGAUCAGCGUUGAUCCAGGUGAAUCACGUCCUCUACCACACAUAAUUGCUUCGAGGAGCUGCUCGCCUCGUGCCACAUCACCCCGACUCCCACCAUCUUCUUUGUCAUCUGUGCAAUCGCCU